GGCAAAGUUCUUUUUUUAUUUUAUUAAUAUUAUUGUUAUUAUUAUUAUUAUUUUUCCGAGCGAGACUUGGCAGGGCAGCUCCGCGAGCAACAUGGCGUCUGCCCUGGAGCAGUUCGUGAACAGCGUCCGCCAGCUCUCGGCUCAAGGGCAGAUGACCCAGCUUUGUGAACUGAUCAACAAGAGCGGGGAGCUCCUGGCCAAGAACUUAUCCCACCUGGACACGGUGCUGGGAGCUCUGGACGUGCAGGAGCACUCGCUGGGCGUCCUGGCCGUGCUGUUUGUCAAGUUCUCCAUGCCCAGUGUCCCCGACUUCGAGACGCUCUUUUCGCAGUUCCAGCUUUUCAUCAGCACCUGUAACGGGGAGCACAUCCGCUAUGCGACAGACACCUUUGCCGGGCUUUGCCAUCAGCUGACCAACGCACUUGUGGAAAGAAAACAGCCGCUGCGAGGGAUUGGCAUCCUCAAGCAGGCCAUCGACAAGAUGCAGAUGAACACGAACCAGCUGACCUCCAUACACGCAGACCUCUGCCAGCUCUGUUUGCUGGCGAAAUGCUUCAAGCCUGCGCUUCCGUACCUUGACGUGGACAUGAUGGACAUUUGCAAGGAGAACGGAGCCUAUGAUGCUAAACACUUCCUCUGUUACUACUACUAUGGCGGCAUGAUCUACACGGGGCUGAAGAACUUCGAGAGAGCGCUCUACUUCUAUGAGCAGGCCAUCACAACUCCUGCCAUGGCUGUCAGUCACAUCAUGCUGGAAUCCUAUAAAAAGUAUAUUCUAGUGUCUUUGAUAUUGCUCGGCAAGGUACAGCAGCUCCCGAAAUACACGUCCCAAAUCGUGGGCAGAUUCAUCAAGCCGCUCAGCAACGCGUACCACGAGCUGGCCCAGGUGUACUCCAGCAAUAACCCCGCAGAGCUGCGGAGCCUGGUGAGCAAGCACAGCGAGGCCUUCACGCGGGACAACAACAUGGGGCUGGUGAAGCAGUGCCUGUCAUCGCUCUACAAGAAGAACAUCCAGAGGCUCACCAAGACCUUCCUGACACUGUCCCUGCAAGACAUGGCGAGCCGUGUGCAGCUCUCCGGGCCUCAGGAGGCAGAGAAGUAUGUUCUGCACAUGAUAGAAGAUGGUGAGAUUUUUGCAAGUAUUAAUCAGAAGGAUGGGAUGGUCAGUUUCCAUGACAACCCUGAGAAGUACAACAACCCGGCCAUGCUGCACCACAUGGAUCAGGAGAUGCUAAAGUGCAUAGAGCUGGACGAGCGGCUGAAGGCCAUGGACCAGGAGAUCACGGUGAACCCCCAGUUUGUACAGAAGAGUAUGGGCUCACAAGAGGACGACUCAGGGAACAAACCGUCCAGUUACUCCUGAGACUCGUGUCCACCCUGGGCUCCAGGAGGGGCUGUGGCCAGCUGGGGGACAGCCGCAGCACCAGGCCUGCCCCCCACCCCCAGACUAAAGUUAAGUUUUGUCCUGAUGCCGCCAGGCCUGUGUGCUUUCAGGCAUCCGGGCUCUCUGCAAUGAAAGGAAGAGGAUUUUGUUGUGGAUUUAUUUAUCCUCAGAUUACUGUUACUGCAUUAAACCUACCUUUUUGUUUUAACUCCUUG